AUGUCGUCCUCCGCGCCUCGUGGCGGCGAGCGCAUGAUCCAUCAGGAUUUCAUUGCCAGAAUCCGAUACUCCAACGCCCUACCGCCGCCGCCCAAUCCUCCCAAGCUCCUCGACAUCCCGAACACCGGUCUGGCUAGCGGCCAGUACACAACACCCGGGUUUGCGUCGCGUCUGGCGAGAGAACAACCGCUCAACAUUGAAGUCGAUGCGGAGCUCGGCAUGCCCUUGGACUUGGUGGGCAUGCCGGGCAUCUUUGACGGAGACGAGAGCUCUAUCCAAGCCUCGUCGCACCCGCCUCCCGUGCAUCCCCACGAUAGAGCCCUCCUCAGACCACUCUCCACCCUUGGCCGAGCCAAGAACAACGCCGAUGCAUCCGUCUCCUUCCUGAGAAGAACAGAAUACAUCUCCUCCGUAGCACCCAGAAAGGCCGGUGUUGCGGCGGGAGCAUUCAUCAACCCAAAGAUCAAACGCGCAGAAAAGCGUCGCUCCCCCGAGCCGGACAAAGACUCACCAGCCGCCAUCAGACGCAAGAUUGAAAAGAGCUUCGAGAGUGCUGAGCGGUUCCUCAGCAACCCAACCCGUCAUCGCCAUCCGAGCAAACCCAACGUUCAUCUCACGCAGUCUCUGCCGCUGCUGCCCGACCACGACGCCUUCCCCGACUCUGGCGCCUACGUCACCGUCAAGCUCCUCACGAACCCCGUGGCGAGUGCUAACAAGUACGAUAGUCGCCUGCUUAGCGGUCUGCUCCGCCCACUGGACAGGAGCCCCGAGGAGAACGAGGCCUUCCAGGCUGCGGUCGAGGCUCACGAACGCGAUCCCGCACGCCACCCGAAGCCCGCCAACCUGAUGGACUACAGCUUCUUCCUUCCCAAAACCAAGACCACGGGCGACAACUUCCGAGCCAAGUUUGACCCAGAGAAUCCCGAUCGCGAUGAUGAUUCGCUCUACACGUACCAGAGCGGCUCCAACCCGUGUUUCCAGUUCUCCCGCCUGCGCGCUUACGAAACGACAAAGGAGAUUGAGCUCGAUCACAACACAAAGUACAGCGAAGAGGUUAUUCUCGCCUUUAAUGACGAGCCCUCUGUCGGCAAGCAGAAGGCGGCCUACUACUACCCAGUCAUUCAACGCACGACCAUUCGUCCUCAGCGCGCCAAGAAUAUUGCGCGUACUUUGAGUCAGGUGGACGACGAGACGCAGGUUGUGAACGAGGUGGAGAUUUCCAUCACCGACCCCAAGGGGCCUCCUCUCGAGAACAUGAAGCGAUACAAGGAGAAGCCCAUCGGGUAUGUCGAAGAGGCCGAGCCCGCUGAUGAGACUCGCGCGCCUGGCACCCCGUCGGACAGGGAUGCCGAUGGCGAUGCUGACGGGGAUGAGGAAGAUGAAGAUUGA